AUGUCGGGAAACAAGCGACCCUUCGAAGGACUUGAUCCUGUAAGUCCGCAAGACACCUUUGCCGAUAAAAAGGCAAAGACCGAGCCAAACCCACCUAGGUUUCACCCGAAUAACGCCUACCAAAUCGCCCUCGAAGGCGAUUUGAUUCUGUACACCCCUGGAGAGAGCCUCCGGGGUCCUGUGGCAUAUGCAGGAGACGCGAGCUUUCUAGUCUCGUCAACACACAUGAAAUUAGCCUCGCCAUAUUUCAAAGCUCGACUAUCUACUCGCUGGCUUAGCGAGCAAGCCCCAGCAGCCGGCAGCUGGAUGGAGGUCGGAGUUCAUAAUUGCAGCCCCGAUACUCUGAUGUUAAUACUCAGAGUUAUUCACGGGAAAACCCAAGAAAUCCCUAGAGAGAUCUCUCUGGGCGAAUUGGCCAAGUUCGCUAUAGCAGUUGACUACUUCCAGUGCGUGGAAGCAGUCGAACUUGCGGCCCACAUGUGGCUUCGGAUGCUCAAGCUCCAUGUACCGUCGUACUGGACCCCGGAUAUCCCAACAUGGAUAAUGGUCUCUUGGAUCUUUCGAGAGCAAGACGCCCUCGCCCAGGCCCUGAGAGUCGCCACAGAGAAAGGCCCAGGUCCAUUCCCUAUCGACGGGUUGCCGAUUCCUGAGGUCAUCAAAGGUGUGUUUAUACGAUGA